UUUUCAUAUCAAGGAUACGAUGUAAACAACUUGUAUGUAACUGAAAAUGAGCAAGACAUUAGAUAUAACAUCUCUAGCAGAGGCCUUCAUACAGUUCCAAAUUCAGGUUAAAAAGAAAGAAAUUCAAGAUUCUAAGGAUGAAAUGUGCCAACUAGAAGAUAAGAACCAAAAACUGAUAAAGCUGCAGGAGCAGCUGAGAGUAGAGAAGACACGUCACGUCCGUGAACUAAAUAAACAGAUAAAGGAGCGGGAAAGGAACCUGGAGCAAAGACAGCGAGAAGAUGAAGAGCAGGUGAAACAAACGACUCAAGAGAACCUGGAGCUAAAACAAGAGCAAGAGAAACAUCUAGAAGAACUACGCUGUAAACUUGCAAGGCUGCAGGUGCAAGUGGAGGAACUGCAGACGGACAGGCAGGAAUGGCUACAGUACAAAAACGAGGGCAGCAUUAAAGACCAUCAAAAGAUAGAAAAACUGGAAAAAAAUAUUGCCUUUACACAAAUGAUUUUCCAGGAGUUAUCAGAACAUUUUCAGAAAUCUCUGGCUGCAGCUGUUGAAAAAGACAAGCAAAUGGAAGCACAAAGUAUCAAGGAUAUAAAUCAGCUUGCCCUUAAGGUUCCCCUAUAUAUUAACAGGGUCGCAGUGUUGGAAUCCACCAUCCAGCAGUUAGAAAAGGAAAACCUGGAACAUAUUGAUAAUCUUUUCCAAAUACUCUGUAUGGAUGAUCCUCUGGUCAGCCAAGACGAUGAAUUUCUUGCGCAAUCUGCUAGCGUUGGGUCCCAUGACACCCGUAGUACGGAUAGGAACAUAACGAAAAUAAGCCUCGAGGAAACAUCAGCAUUGGUCAACAGACCCCCGUAUUCCCUCCAGCCGUUAGCUGAAGAGGCUCAACAGGAAAGAGAUGCUACUGCCUGUGAUGGCACAACUCCUUCCACCCCACCUGACCUCAGCGAGAUGUACAGUAGUCAGACUACUUUCACGAGGGCGAUGCAUCUGGACUUGAUGGGGCGGAUACUGUUGUGCGUGAUAGGUAAAGCAUCCACUCUGCACCCACCACCGAACAACCCUGUGGAUGUGAGCGAGGAGAUGACCUUUGACCUGUUGCAAACUGCAAAGUGGCCGAUUACAACAAAGAUCAUCAAUAGAAAGUUUCAGGAGUCAGCUUCACAGUCUGCAGAAUAUGAUGCAUCUGUAUACAACACCUGUGAAAUUCAGAAGUUGUUAGAUAAUUAAAAACAAGAAUGACAAAAUUUUCAUGGAUUCCAAAAAAC